UCUGUAGCUAGUACAGACUAGUAUUGUAGUUUAUUUCUCCAUAAUAUACUAAAAUCAUUCUAGAUUUAGUAGGGAUGCCUAAACAUCUACCAAAAAUAGUGCGAAAUGACUACCAUUAGGUGCCAUUCAAACUAAAAGUACUGCGAAUUAGACUGAAAGCAGUGCUAAAGUCCCUUAAAUAGGUGUUAUAACUGGUUAGGUGCUAAAUGACCCUGUUAUACCUCAAAUUAACUGGAAAUGCCUAGUUUUGCCGAAAAUACCACAAAAUGACCGGUUUUUAGUGCUGAGAAAAUUACCAUCCAUAGAGAACUGUGAGAGGUAGGAGAACUUGUGCUGGGGGUUUGUUUAAAGAAGCUCUGAGCCAAUGAAGGCCUAUGAAGCAGUGUACUUACCAACAGCAAGAGUAGAACUUUGCUGAUCAUCUGUUUGAAUUGUUUUUCAUUUCCCUUGACUUCAGAAUGCUUCGUCGGCAAGCCCGCCUCCGACGAGAGUAUCUCUACAGAAAAUCCAUUGAGGAGAAGCAAAGGACAACCCAGGAUAAGAAGGAUCGAUUGAAAGCGGCACUAGCAGAGAACCGGCCCCUGGAGACGGACCUGCGCUAUGAGGGCCUGCGUCUGCACGAGCAGGGCGAGUGGGACGACGCCGGGCCGCGGCUGGCCACCGAGGCCGGCACCGAGCAGGGCGGCGCCUCCAGCUCACAUGUCGACGAUGAGUAUCGCUGGGCCGGCGUGCACGACCCCAAGAUUAUCAUCACCACGUCGCGGAACCCCAGCUCCCGACUAAAAAAGUUCGCCAAGGAGAUGAAGCUCAUCUUCCCGAACGCGCAGCGGAUGAACCGCGGCGGGUACGAGCUGGGGCAGCUGCUGGACGCGUGUCGAGCCAACGGAGUCACAGACUUCAUCAAGAUUAACGAGCACCGCGGCGAGCCGGCCGGUCUGACGGUGUGCCACCUGCCGUACGGACCGACGGCGCACUUCACCCUGCUCGACGUGGUGAUGCGCCACGACAUUCCCGAGAUCGGCACCAUGUCCGAACAGUACCCGCACCUGGUGUUCCACAACUUCAAGACCAAGCUCGGACGCAGGGUCCAGGACAUCCUCAAGUACCUGUUCCCGGUGCCUAAGGAGGACAGCAAGCGCGUGCUGACGUUCAUCAACCACGACGACUACAUCCUGUUCCGACACCACACGUACCGGCGGGCCGAGGGCGGCGGCCGCGAGCUGGAGCUCAGCGAGGCAGGGCCGCGCUUCCUGCUCAAACUGUACGAGAUCCGUCUGGGUACUCCGGACCAGGGCACGGCUGCGGAGGUCGAAUGGGUGCUGCGGCCCUACAUGAACACGGCUCGUAAGCGGCGCUUCCUCUCUGACGAGGACGCCUGGGAGCCGGCUGCAGAGGAGGGAGACGAGGAUGAGGCGUGACCCGACCUGAGGUCAGCGGCGCGGGGGUGGGGACGUGACCUGACCCGGGGUCACUGGGAGGGAUGGAGGGACUGUGGUGGGGCCUGGUGGCGUGUUGUUGGACUCGUGGUGGGGAGGACGUGCCGUGCUUGUUGGUACGGGCGGUGACUGACCUGACGCCCUCUGAACUCCGGACGCCGGAGCUCGGACCACUGAGACCGAUCGAUCCAGUCAGCGUCACACUGUCUCUGGCCUUCACCGUCCACUAUUGCAAUUGUUUGUAUCAUCUGUACAAUCGCCUAUUGCAAAUGCACACUGUCAGUUUGG